GGGUUCAUUCAGGCUCGCUUAACUAGUGCAUGACGGCUUCAUCUGAGCUUCAGCUAAGAGCAAACCGACAUCAGCUGAGUUUGCAUGAAGUGCCAUCCUUGAAGCUAAAAUACAGGAAUUUAUCAUCACGUAAAAUUCAAGAUUAGCAUUUUACAACGUUACGGUAUAACUGGUAAACCACUUAAAUAGCUGUCAUCCGUUGUAACCACAGAAACAAGAUAGAGGCAAAGGAGAAAUAACAUUGCAUCAAACCCGGCUAACAAAGAGGUCCUUCUUUCAACGACAACAUUUUUCCUCCAUAUUCUAUAGUUAUGAGUCAUGUGGCCGUCGAAAAUGUCCACGGUCUAGAGCAGCAGCUUGCUGUCCUAGACUUGAGUGCGGCAGACGGACAAGGUGGCGGCGCCAAUCGAAAUGUCUUCGCUGCUGGUCGACAGGGUGCCUACACCAUAGCACCCGCAGCAAACUAUGGUUGGGAUGGAGGGCGCAACAACUUUGUUAAUGGCUACCAUGACAACCGCAUGGCUGGCGGCAACACUUUUAACCGAGGCCCGCCUCGCAUGGAGCGGGGCCGAGGUGGCGUCGGAGGAGGAGGCUACCGUGGCAACAGGGGCGGAGCCUUCAAUCCCAUCAACCCAGCACAGCCAAUGACCUUUGGUGGCUACGAAAAUAAAGAUGCAGGUGGCUGGAACACUGCCAAAGACACCUAUGGCAGUUUUGCCAACAACCGAGGGAAGUCUGCAUUCUUCAAUGACCGAGGCAAUGCUAAUAGGGGGAGGUUUGAUCAUGGUGGAUUUGGUGGAGGAGGUGGUGGUGGUGGUGGUGGUGGAGGAGGAGGAGGAGGAGGAGGUGGUGGAGGAAACAGCCGCUGGGUGGAUGAGUCCAGAGAAGGAGAAGAGUGGGCCAAACCAACACCACGCAACGAACGCCUUGAAAAUGAGUUGUUCGCUGCCAGUAACACUGGGAUUAACUUUGAGAAAUACGAUGACAUUCCUGUCGAGGCCACAGGACAGAACUGCCCUCACCACAUCGAGAGUUUCCAAGAUGUAGACAUGGGUGAGAUUGUCAUGGGUAACAUUGCUCUGAGUCGCUACACCAGGCCGACCCCUGUCCAGAAAUAUGCCAUUCCUAUUGUCAAGGCAAAGCGGGACCUCAUGGCCUGCGCACAGACAGGUUCUGGUAAGACUGCAGCGUUCCUGCUGCCGAUUCUCAGCCAGAUCUACAACGAAGGACCAGGAGAAGCUCUUAACACAGCUAAAGCAUCUGGACAGGAUAAUGGAAAGUAUGGGCGUCGUAAGCACUACCCCAUGUCACUGAUAUUGGCUCCAACCAGAGAACUGGCACUGCAGAUUUAUGACGAAUCCAGAAAGUUCUCCUACCGCUCGAGAGUGCGUCCCUGUGUUGUGUAUGGAGGAGCGGACAUUGGCCAGCAGAUAAGAGAUCUGGAGAGGGGCUGCCACCUGCUGGUGGCUACACCCGGCAGGCUGGUGGACAUGAUGGAGAGGGGCAAGAUUGGACUGGACUUCUGCAACUACCUGGUGCUGGAUGAGGCAGAUCGUAUGUUGGACAUGGGUUUUGAACCACAGAUAAGACGCAUUGUUGAGCAGGACACCAUGCCGCCCAAAGGCAUCCGACAGACCAUGAUGUUCAGCGCAACCUUCCCUAAAGAGAUCCAGAUCCUGGCCAGGGAUUUCCUGGAGGAGUACAUCUUCCUGGCGGUGGGCAGAGUGGGUUCCACCUCAGAGAACAUCACUCAGAAGGUUGUGUGGGUGGAGGAGAGCGACAAGAGGUCUUUCCUCCUGGACCUGCUCAGCGCUACAGUCAUCCCCAGCGAGGUACAGGACAAUACUGGAGACAACAUAGAGAAACCUGGUAAGGACUCGUUGACUCUGGUUUUCGUGGAGACCAAAAAAGGCGCCGACGCCUUGGAGGACUUCCUGUAUCGAGAGGGCUACGCCUGCACCAGUAUCCAUGGUGACCGCUCUCAGAGGGACCGAGAGGAGGCCCUGAGCCAGUUCAGAUCAGGAAAAUGCCCCAUUCUGGUGGCCACAGCGGUAGCAGCUCGAGGUCUGGACAUCUCCAACGUGAAACAUGUUAUUAACUUUGACCUGCCCAGCGACAUAGAGGAGUAUGUCCACCGCAUUGGACGUACAGGACGAGUCGGAAACCUGGGACUGGCCACAUCGUUCUUCAAUGAUAAAAAUGGGAACAUCACUAAGGACCUGCUGGACAUCCUGGUCGAGGCCAAACAGGAAGUUCCCUCAUGGCUUGAGAGCCUGGCUUAUGAACACCAGCAUAAGAGCACCAACAGAGGACGCUCUAAGAGAUUCUCUGGAGGGUUUGGAGCACGUGAUUAUCGUCAGACGGCAGCCGGAGGCACCGCUGGAGGGUUUGGAGGACGUGGAGGUCGCAACCAGGCAGGACAUGGAGGAACCCGCGGGUUUGGAGGAGGUGGUUUUGGUAACUUCUACACCAGUGACGGCUACGGAGGGAACUACUCACACUCUCAAGUGGACUGGUGGGGCAACUAGGUUCCUCCUCCCUUUACUCAUCCUUCUUUCUUCUUCUCACUCAUCUUCCUUCCUUUCUCCACACUGCUGUCUGCACCCCAUCCAUCUCCUCCCCUUCAUUAACCCCAAGAACCCACGUGCAUGUUAUUAAACUAUUUAUACUCAUUUAUAUAGCCCUCCUUCCACCCAUAUGCACUCAUAUCUUUUAAUUCUUUUCCUUUUCUCCACCUUUGUCUUUACAGUCCCCCAUCUUUUCUUCUUUUGAUUUCUUCAUUUCUGGUAAAUCUCACCUCUUACAAUAGGCCACAGUAUAAAGGGAUUCUUAAAUUUUAGUUGGUUAUUUUUCAACCCUAGCUAGCAACAUCGUUUGGUUUCAGUGAGGACAUUUCAAACUAUUUUUAAUGCUUAAAGAAAAAUAACCAAUUGAAUUAAAGUUCUUGGUGUUCCUUUAACCCCCUAAGAUUAGAUGGACAUUUAACAUUUACAGUGAGUGAGUCCUACAAAACGGCUGUAGAAGACCAGGGGGAAUCCAGUUUAUUUUUCACUUUAGAUUUGAGUUUUGGCUUCAUUGUGAUUUUGUCUGCAUUCACCCAAAGCCAGCCAGGCAUCCUGUGUACCUUCACAUGUCAUCUUUGUAUGUAACGCAUGGCCAUGUUGUAAAUCACCGGCCAAAAACUUUUCUAAAAUAUAGCGCAGAGAUGGGCAAGAUGUCAAAUCUGAGCAAAAAUAUGUCCGCAUAUAAAUUCAAAAAUGGGAACUGGCUGAAGUCUCCUACAUUUACAUGAUAGAUACUUAAAAGCGGCCACAGAAACGGAAAAACGUUUUUUUAUUUUCACCUUUUUAAAACAUAUUGAAGUCUUGAUUUCCAGAGAUCUGAGAAAGAUGUCUAACAGAGACCGAAGGUACUAGGGGCUGGACAAGCACCAGCCACUGGGCGCCAGCAGACGUUGUCGCCCAUUAGCGAUGAUGCUAGCAAACAGUCUUAGGGCUGCAAACAGCAUUUUCUUUGUUUGAAACAAAACAUAUUGGAGGAUCAUUUGUUUCUGUACUGUGCCUUUAAGAAUUUGAACUUUGUCUCUUAUUUCCGUUGUUUUAAUUGCCAUAAUACGUAAGUGGCUACAAGUAUUGGCCAACUGUGACUAAAAAAAAAUGUGUAUUUAAUGUCAUGUAUGGGUUUAAACAUGUUUUUCUUUAUUUAUAUUUGGAAGGAAACAAACUAGGCUUGAACUAAAUCAAACCUUGGCAAAAAAAAAAAAACUAAAACAAAAACUGCGAUGAGGAAACUCAAAGCGAUUCCUUAUCUGUCUAUUGGAGUUCAAAUUCGUGAGAAGGUCUCUGAUGAGCUGAUUCCCAAACGCUUAUUACCACUGUAACCAUAUUUAUAGAUUCUUUUGAUACGCCCUCAUCCAGAGUGACGGAAAUGGGUCAAAUAACGACGCGUUUGUCUUUUUCAAAAGAGAAGUUGUAUUCAUUUAAAAAGACUUCUUUGCUUUACUAGCCAGUGAGCAGAAAAGACAGUGGUGUUAUGCUUUUGGGAGUCCCACUAAUUGACCUAUAUGUCACAUCUACAGCUCUGGUUUGAGCUGGAAUUUCUCAAAGGCAUCUUGUCACUAAUUGUUGGGUCAUAUUACGUCAGUUACAGAGAGAAUUCGGCCCAUCCACGCAGCAGCAGUCAUGUUACGUUACUUCUCUUACCUAAUAUAGAUCCUCGUGACGCACUAUACUCGAGUCAUUAUUAGAGAGAUGUUACAAUAAUUGGUAAAGCGUAUCUUUAACCUUCCACUAGUAAGAUACACAUGUGGCAAAAGCUUUUGGUAUCUCGCUGUGAAACAGGAAAGACUAUUGUGACCACAUCCUGCAGUGAUGAAAGCGACGCUACUGCAGUUUUUGAAUCCCUACGUGGCUGCUGCUGAAAGGUUACCACACGUUAUCCGUGGCUGUUCAGUUGACUCUUAGUGCCAACGUGCUCUUGAGAGACGCGCUCCGCUUCCACCACAAACAUUGAAACCCUUGUUUGCCAAAAGCUUCUUUCAAGGGGAUAUACAACUUUAAAAUAAAUAAAUAAGAAAAGGCUUAAAGAGUUCAAAAUGUUCUCGCUCACUCUAUCCUGGAGAGUUACAUGAAGAGUCUUCUCUAAAAUAAGUCAUUCCAGUUUAUUCGUUCGGUCUUUAGGAUCUGUUGAGGUCAUGGAUAAAAGUAAAGGAUAAUCUAGCCGAACCCGUUUCACAGCAGGGACAGCGGGGGCGACACCUCCGCAGCACAUUAACCAUUCUGUCGUCCAAUAUUAGCACGACAAAUAUAACUACUUAGCUUCUGCUUAAGAUGAUCAAACACCUAGUUUUAAUUUGAAUUCGACAGAUGCGAGCCUCGUUGUCUGUGUGGUUGUCAAAAGACACCGAGCAGCUCGACACAGGAAGGAGAUGUUUUGAAUGCUCCCUGGUUAGCCCCACUCGGCCCUGCUGUGUUUCAUCCCUGAUUGAACUUCUAAAAGGAACUCCACUGUACAUCUGGCCGUUAAAGUGGCAGUCCCACCCCCCCCCCCCCCCCCACUGAGUUAAUCAGCAGCAGAAUAAGCCAAAACAAAAAGCUCUGUUGCUCCCAGGUGGGGACAAUUGUUAACUUUCAUCAGGGUCUUAAUUAGUUUUGUUUACAUGAGCAACUUUAGCGAAGUGAAGAUAGAUUAAAUGUAAAUAGUUCAACUCUUCUUAAAACAAAAAGAGAAGAAUCUCCAGUGAAGAUGAAUGUGAAUUACAAGUGAACAACACUUUUGAUCACUCGACGUUGGGCCAGGCGGUGUCUGGUGAGCUCAGUGGGCAAUUUGAAACGGCAGAUUUAUUCUUUAGAGAUAUUAUUUAUGGACGAUUCCGUGUGUUUACACAAACCUAAACCAACGAUGGGAAUUGAUUUAACAAUUAUUGCUCACGAGGCAGAUUCCCUCAAAUUGCCCACUGGCUUUGACAAAUGACAAAGCUGGACCAAGACAAUAAAACAUAUGCAAGUGUUGUUGUUUUUUGGUCAAGGAGUUAAAAAAUGCCAAGCAAAUAAAUACAAUUCUACAGCAGGCUUUAGUUAUGUUAAAACUCUGAUUUUUCCCGUCAUCUAUGAUUUUUAGACCACUUUUUUUAUUCGGAGGUUGUGUUUGUGUCGCUCUAUUUCCCUCGAGUACAGUUAGAAGGGAGCUUAGGGAAACUAGUUGGUUUUGACAUUGUUUUUUGAAGAGUUUCAGUAAUGCUGAAGGACUCCAGAUUCAAGCAGACAGCAGGUUACAUCAAACAAACUAGAUUGAUUUUUUAUUUUAUUAAAGCUUCUCGGUGCAGAGACACCAGCUUCUUGUGUCAGACUUUAUAAGUUCAGUGUUAUCUCACUAAACCUGGUUCGCCUUCUAGUAGUUAAAAUGAGGGGCCAGUUUAAAGGGAUGCUACGUUCAAGGACCGUUGUCAUAAGAUGCAAUGUUAGAAACAAAAUUGAAACUCCACCAUGUCCAACUGAUCCCUAUAGCCAUGUAAAAAGGAACCAAAUACAGGAAAUGAGUUUGCAUUAUAUUUGGGGUUGUGUGGUUCAACUCUGAUUGAUCGUCAUUGCAGCACAAAGCAUUGUGUAGUCGCUAUUGUUCAACUCGCAGUCAAAUUCAGCACCAGCGUCCCACCAGGUAACCAAUCGGAAAACUUUUAUGCGGCCAUGAUAUAAUACCACACUUUAAUUUCUCCUGCAGCAAUGGUGGAUAGCCUCCAUCUUGGAGAGAGCUGUUGCCGUAUGAAAGAAUAACCAGCAGGAGGAUAAAACAAAAUCAGUAACAGGACAAUAAGUUGACACUGCAAAUGACAAUCAAUGAUGAAGCAUUUGCUUAGUUUAAACUCACUUUUUUACACAUCAACACAACUCUUUAAGUUGCACUUUUUUUAAUGGUCUUGGGGACACCUUUACAUGUAGAAGUUUUCUUAACCAGCUGUUUUGUUGGCAGUUGUUUCAAAACUGUCAAAUUUUAAACACCUAACUUGUGUCCUCUAUCAUGGAGACAGAUCUGCACAGGCAGACCAAUGCCAAACUGAAGCUCAUGACCUUACAGUUGAAUAUACACUCGGAUUUUGUUACAAAAUCAACCUUUAAAUAUUUACUGAACAACACAGUUGUAAUGCCUGACUGAAUGGUCAACUAUUCCCUGUGUGAGAGUAGAUUACAGCAUUUGUUACUUGAAUCCAUGGCUGUUGCCAGCCAGAAACUUAGUUUGCAGCUAGUGCGGGCUCUUGUGUUUUAGUAAUAACGCUAAGUAUGCUGAAACGCUGUUCUUGCUGCCUCAAAUCAAAGGCAAACCUUUUUAAGAAGGACGUACAGUGAGCGGCAAAGCCACUUUGAAUAAAUCUGGUUCAGUGUGUACACGAUGCUGUGCCUUCUAACGGCCACUAGAGGGCAGAUAGAAUAAUUGGGAAUAAAUGAAGGAACGACUGAGCAUGUCACCCGCAGCGAUGAAGAUGCUAGGCAUUGCUGAUACAUUGUAAGAUAUGAGCCAAUUGUUGCAGACUUUGUGAGUUAUACAGCAGGGAGUCGUGGAAGGUAAACCUUCAGUUUACCUCACUUUUCAUCUUGUUUGUAAAGCAAUCAUGUCAAGUAGUGUUGUUCAGAGUACGCACAUAUAUAUGCAAUGUAUUUAGGUCUUUUUCUAGCGCAGACGGAUCAUAUCUGUCAGCUGUAAUUACCAUUGAACUGUGCUGGAGCAACACGUAACUACCACUGUGCCCCAAAACCCCCCAUCCCCCCCCCCUUCAUCAAAAUGUCCCCUGGGCACAGAACUUCUGCAGUAAGUGCAAUAGAGAUCAAUUUCUUGUGGCUUGCUUUCACUUUGCUGUCACCAAGAUUCUUUGCAUGAGCCGUUUUCUGUGUGCACGCGCCGUUUGGAUUCGAGCAGAAACUGGCACAAGUGAAAUUAGCCCACGGUCCGAUAUGUGCGCGGUGCCUUGAAGUGACUGGAGACUGGAAAGUGUUGGUUAGGGCUGGGUAUUUUUUAUCAAUAUCAGAUGAAAAAUCCAAACUGUUUCUUUUAAUAGUAUAAAUGUAGAAACUGUUGCAGUAGUGGGUAUGCACGUGACAUCACUGUACGUGAAAGUCGCCACGCUCAUUCGCCCCCUAAUGGCAAGUGUUGGUCGUAGCGUUCACAAAGACGAAACGCAUUUAAAACAUCGCUUCAACCAAUAAUUAAAACAUUUCCAACACUUUGGUUUAUGGUCAAAUGCCUGCAAAACUAAUGCCAUUAGCAACAGCCUCGUGUACUUUGUCUUUAGCGCUAAUUAGCAACUACUAGCAUGCAAAACUAAGACGGUGAUAACAGCACUUUCUUAUGAGCGUGUUAGCAUGCUGGUGUUAGCAUUUAGCUGUGUCUACAUACAUGGUGGAGUGUAGAGUCUCUUGCUGUUAGUUGUUUGCCACAGCGGUCCUGGUUUUGCGGUGGCAUCAUGUGAAUAACUCCAUACCCUCUACAGUAAAUGAGCCUAAAUGUAACAUUUGUUUGGGCCACCAGCUUUACUAAUCAAAAGUUAUUUCCUCUGAGAGAAAAGUUGUCAUUUAAGAAAUCCAGCACUUUAGUUUUUGAAUAUUUUAAAAACCUUUUUUGAUGCCUUAAAUUCCACGGUGAUACCCAGCCCUAAAGGAGCAGAUAGUGGAGUUGGUUACACUGUAUACAGCAUUACCAUGGCAACAGAGACACUGACGGUGUCACCAUGGCGAAUGAUUCUGCGUCACGCCGUCACUACGGUAACUGACUUUUCCCGCAGGAGUGCUUCGAUUGUCGGUGAACAAUUAAUGGUGCUAUGCUCCCAUUGCUGCGGCCUGCAGGCCCCUCUGUUGUAGAAAUCCCAUCGAGUUUUACAGGAAACACUUCAGUUACUCAGUUUAAUGUUCAACUAAAGUCUUCUGUAGUACCUGUCCUUCAUGACCUCAGAGAGGUAUGGAGGAGCGAGUGAGUGUUUGAAGUGUAGCGCAGCCAGGUGUCAAAAAGAGAGGUUUCUCCACAGUUUAGUGUGCAUGUGUGUGUGUGUGUGUGAGAGAGUGUGUGUGUGAGAGAGUGUGUGCGUGUGUGAGUGUGUGCGUGCGUGUUGUUUGGAAAGGUUCUUCCAGAUAUGAAACCGUUUUUUUUGGGACCAGGUGGAGUUGUAGUUAACAGCAACCGUAGGAAUCCGCUGUUUGCACACAGAGUUCUCGAGUCUACUUUCGCUGCUAGUUUGUGUAAUUUAUCAAGCAUUUCUGAGAAAUAUUUAUUUUUAUAAGCCUAAUACAAAAGUUGAUAUUUUACAAAGUGACUUGACCAAAAGACAGUAAACAAAAACACUGGCACUUGAAUGUUGAAUGUCAUUGGUAUGAGUGAAAAUUUCUAUUUUUCUGGGGUAGUGUGAGCUUUUUAAUGUUAAAGAUGCAACGUGUAGGGAUUUCACUUUGAAUAUGUCACCGCAGCAACUUGUGGUUAUGUUUCGAAUGCAAACUAACUUUUAAAAAUCCAAAACUGUCACUGGUGCCCAGACUGAUUCAAAUUUGUUCGCUAGAAAUCCCAAAACACCAAUUCUCAAAGCAUACCCAUGCUGCGCGCACAGCUUCUCGUGUUUAACCACUCUUUUUGCUGAUCCAGUCCAUUUUCUGAAAGUUGAAACUGUCUUUUAUCCAAGCAAGAUUGGACCUUGAAUACCUCUUACGAGGUGACAGUACUCCUCAUAUUCCUUCCUUAUCAGUAGAAAUAUUGUUUAAAUAUACUACUAACCCCAUGUCGUAGCCACAACGGGCUCGUCCCUUUUCUGUCAACCACAACAAUACGUAAAGAUGUGCACGUGGAGUCGCACGAGGCCAGAGUCAGGCACUGACGGUUGUAUUACAGUUGAUGCGACUGUGACAUAUUAAGAGAAAGAUCCUACACGGGUUACCUUUAAAGUCACAUUGGACUCAGUAUCAGAUCCAUAAAAACCUGUUUGUGUGACAGGUUCCAUUGCCAAUAAUGAUAAUCAACCAUAAACAGCCAUUUUGAAUUGGCAAACAAAAUUUGAGACAAUACCACCAUAUAUGCCAAGGUUUGGAUUAAAAAAAAAAAAAUAACAAAAACGUUACGAUCAAAGACCAUUUUGUAAAAAAAAAAAACAUGCAGUACAAAAAACAAGUGUCCAGA